GAAAAAAAGUUCCCAUAAAUACCCUCGAAGAGAAAGAGAACGGGAAACGAUGGGGAAACGCAAGCAUUGGCUACUGAAGACGGAGCCGAGCGAGUGGUCGUGGCCGGAGCAAACCCAGGCUGCCGGCGGCGUCUCCCGGUGGGACGGCGUCAAGAACCGACAGGCCCAGAACAACAUGCGCUCUAUGAGCCUCGGUGAUCUCUGCUUCUUCUAUCAUUCCGGCAAAGCCGAUCGCCGGAUCGUUGGCGUCGUCGAGGUCGUCAAACCCUGGUAUGAAGAUCCCGAGAAGGGUGAUGGCGCCGUGGACGUCCGAUCGGUGGGGGAGAUGAGGAGGGCCGUUGGAUUGGAGGAGAUCAAGAGGGAGGAAGGGGAGGUGAUGAAGGGUUUCGCUCUUCUCAAGCAGCCGAGGCUCUCGGUUGUUCCCGUUCCGGCGAGUGUUUGGGAUCGGAUCUGCGAGAUGGGCGGCGGGUUCAGCGAAGCGGCGGCGGAAGAGGAGGAAGAGGAGGAGUGAUGGCCGGAGAUCCGGUGAGCCACCGUCGCCUUUUCUCAAUUCCGGCUGUAAAACCCUAGGGGUAUUUUGGGAAUGAUGUUUUGGUGGAUGUAGUUUUUGGGGGUAUUUUGGGAAAGAUGUUUUGCGUUUAACACCCUGUGAUAUAAACUUAUUGCUUUUUUACUAGUCAAAUGGAGAAUUUUUUUGGGUUUU